GCUUUCGUGUGUGUCUUCUUCCAUCUUGGUGCACCAACAACAAACCAACACACCAACACACAAAGACCUGUCACAAUACAUCGCACACAAACCCAGCACCCACUUGCCGCACAACCUGACGGGCUUCUACUGCUUCCAGGCUUCCUCUCCCUCCUCACAUCACAGCACACAAGAAGCUCCCUUGCGCUUCUCCCCUCCCCCCCCCCAACUUUGUCAACAUUUUGCGCACACAGCUGUGUGCUUCAUUUCAUUUAUUGUCGUCACAGACAGCAACACUGCGACAAGCGAGCAAGCAAGCGAGUUGUCGGUGUUUACAUUCGCGCCACAUGCGUGACCACUCCUCUGUCGUCCCCACCGAAACACCGUGACACGGCUUCAUCAACACCAAGCAGCACCAGUGCAAACAAGCAAACACAAACAAACAAGCAAACACAGCCAUGCCACGCAGAGUCGCUGCCAGAGCAGACUCGACGCUGGACGAUGCGCUGCGACGCUGCAACUUUGAAGCCUUCUGGCAUGAGGUUGCUGUCCGUCGCCAGUCGUCGCCAGCUGCGCCAAGCCCAGGAGAUGACGCACAAGGUCCAAAGCCUGCCGCCCUGUUCACGUCCGCCUCAUCCCCUUCCUCCCCGCCACCAAACCCACGCCAACACGGCCACGCACGAAGCCGGUCAUCGCUGCCUGCGAUCGACAUGCUCACCGUCGGCGGCGCGCAGUCUCCAGCCACGCAACAGCCAUCCUCCAACAACAGGACACGCAGGGGCGCAAGCCACGACAGCAGCCCGCAGGCCGCGUUCAAGCUGCGACGGCACACCAGUGCCGAUGUCCAUCUCGGCACCACCACCACCACCACCACCACCACCACCACCACCACCGGAGCGGCGUCGGAUGACCACGACCUCGACCGCUUCAAUGGCGGGGGCGUGAGUCGGGACGUGCCCAGGCGCGGCGGCCGCCGGCGAGCCACGCGGCGACGCGGGUACGGCGGGUUUGCAACGCUCCUCACCACCACUGUCAACCAACACGCGGAGCUGUGUGCGCCCUCGGGCCAUCACAAUGACAACCAUGAUGUCGAUGCUGUCGAUGCUGUCGAUGCUGUCGAUGCUGUCGAUGCUGAUGUGGAUGACGAAGCAGCAGACGUCGCCUAUGGGUUGCGGCGGCCGUCGACAGCGCCCGCCAACCUCACGUCGUCCCCUCGACACAGCUCCCGCCGCACAGGCGUAGCACCACGCCUUGCCAUCGCAGCCACACUCUCGGUGGAAGACGGGCUGGGGCCUCUGCCACCGUUUUCUCCACCCACACCAGCCACACCGCCGUCAACGGCAGCGUCCUCAGCGACGGCCAGUACAGCGAGCAUAGCCACGGACCCCGUCUCCUCGCCUCGCCGCCCCGUCUUCACGUUUGAGAACGCUGGCCAUGGCGAUCACAGCGACCAGAAGGAGAGCCACGCACCUGCAAGCGUGGACCACCACCACCACCACCCGCGGUCGGCGCCACCACUGCAACCACACGGCAGCGGCGUGGACGAGAGUGGGCGCGGCGUGUCUGCCGCUGUGUGCACGACUCCGGGCGAUGCUGGCGCGCCGCUACAACCGCCUGUGUGCAGUCCUUCCAAGCAGACAACGCUGUAA